AUGGGGCACUCCAACGUGUGGAAUUCUCACCCUAAGAACUAUGGCCCUGGCUCCCGAGCCUGUAUGAUCAGAAAGAUAACUUUUCUUCAAACUAAAUGGAAGUACGGCCUCAUGUGUUGUAGGCAAUGCUUUUACAGCAAUGCCAAGGAAAUUGGCUUCAUUAAGUGCCUUGGUCUAUUGAGAAGCUGA